AUGGCAGGUGUGCAGGUUGCUCCGACCAAGACAGAUGGCUCUAGCGGCGACGUGCAAGACAGGCUUGGAAACGGCAAGACGCGCAUCCUCAUCAAUGCCUUUGAUAUGUGCACAGUCGGCCAUCUUUCCCCUGGUCAAUGGAAGAACCCAAAAGAUAGGUCAGCGACCAAACGCAAGCUCGAGUACUGGGUACAGCUUGCCAAGCUGCUGGAGCGAGGCGGCGUCAACGCGCUGUUCCUCGCCGACACAUACGGUGGAUACGACACGUACGAGGGCAGUGUGGACGAGUGCAUCCGUCGCGCCGCCCAGUGGCCGAUAACCGAUCCAACGAUACCCAUCUCGGCGAUGGCAGCGGUGACCAAGAACCUCGCCUUUGCCAUCACGGCCUCAACGUCGUUUGAGCCGCCCUAUCUGCUGGCCAAGCGCUUCUCCACGCUCGACCACCUCACAGAUGGCCGCAUCGGGUGGAACAUCGUGACCUCGUGGAAGAAGUCUGCCUUCAAGGCGAUUGGCCUGGACAGCCCCAUCGAGCACGACGAGCGCUACCGGCAGGCGGAUGAAUACCUGCGCGUAGUAUACAAACUCUGGGAAGGCUCGUGGGCCGACGACGCCCUCUCGCCGGACCCUGCCAACGACAGCUACGUCGACCCGGCCCGCGUACGCACCAUCCACCACCAGGGCAAGUACUUCUCGCUCGCAGCCAAGCACAUCGUCGACCCCUCACCGCAACGCACACCCUUCCUCUUCCAAGCGGGCACCUCAGCGGCGGGAUCCGCCUUUGCCGCGACGCACGCCGAGGCCAUUUUCGUGUCGGCCCACUCGCCGUCGGUGCUGCGGCCCAAGAUCGACAACAUCCGCCGCCUCGCGGCCGAGCAGGGGCGCGACCCGCGCUCGGUCAAGGUGUUCGCCACCAUCACGCCCAUCGUGGGCCGCACCGACGACGAGGCCCGCGCCAAGCACGCCGAGCUGCUGCGCUAUGCCUCGGUCGUCGGGGGGCUGGUGCUCUUCAGCGGCUGGACGGGCAUCGACAUCUCGCGCCUGCCGCUAGACAAGGAGCUGACCGAGGCCGACUCGCAGGAGGCGCACAAGGUGCGGAGCAUUCUGGAUUCGUUCACCACGCCGAGCGACGAGGUGCCCAAGUGGACGCCGCGUGUGGUCGCUCAUCAUGCCGCCAUUGGCGGGCUGGGUCCGGUUCCCGUGGGCAGCCCCGAGACGGUGGCCGACGAGCUGGAGCGCUGGGCGCGCGAGGCGGAUGUCGAUGGGUUCAACAUUGGGUAUGUGACCACGCCGGGGAGCUUUGAGGAUCUGGUCGACUUGUUGAUCCCGGAGUUGAGGAGGCGCGGUGUGUACCCGCCGCUUCCCGGGGAUGGGGAGGAGCCCCUGACCGCAAGGGAGACAUUUUACGGUAGGGGGCAGAAGGGGUUGAGGGCAGAUCACAUCGGAAGCAGGUAUAAGUAUGAUGUCUAUACGGAAGACCCCCCCUAUUCCGGGGGUGCGGAGGAGGGUGACCAGCAUACCGUCGAUGCUCCAUAA